UAUGAAAAACGUUUUCCCACCUGUCCUCAAAUGCCCAUAGUUCUCGAUUGUGAAAUAACAAAAGAUGAAAUUUUAGAAAGUGGCGCUAAACGUAAUACCAGCCGACGUUGUAAACUAGCCGUAGAUGCUCCCUAUAUAUUCAAGAAAUUAAUAGGCGUGGAUGUGGUCUAUUUUAUACAACAUAAUUAUCUAGAUUUGGCCAAUCGUACUUUAAAUAUCGAGGCCACAAAUGAAAGUUUCUCUUCACGCAUUGAGAUUUUCGAAAGAUGUCGUUAUUAUGCCCAUCCAGAUAAUCCGGAUUGGACGUGUUUUGAUCAAACUGCCACUUUAGAUAUAAAGAAUUUUUUCGGCUUUGAACAUUCCAUGGAGAAAAUGGGCAUGAAACAAUAUACCCAAACUACUCUCAAGGGUAAAGAGAUUAUAGAGUUCUUUAUCGAACAAUUAAAAGAGGAGGGCGUUACUGAGGUAGAAAGAUGGCAGCCGCCACCAGAUGCUCCCUUGUCACCGAAAUCACGUGAAGAGGAGGAAAAAGAGAAAAUGGAUAGAAAUAAUUCAUCACAUGAUAUAUUAUUGGAUGGCGAUUUUAUUGCCAAACAUUUGGGUCAAUUGACACCCAUGCAGGAAUCUAAACUGUUGGAACUGAGAAAAUUGCUAGACGAUAUAGAGGAUUUAGAAAAAAUGCCCAAUUAUCAAAUGAUUUUGAGAUUCCUAAGAGCCCGUGAUUGGCAUGUUCAUCAAGCUUUUAAUAUGUUGAGAGAUUCUUUGAAAUGGCGCCAGGAUAAUAAUAUAGACUCCUUGUUAAAGGAUUAUAAAGCACCCUCAGUGGUAACGGAACAUUUUCCAGGAGGUUGGCAUCAUUAUGAUAAGGACGGUAGACCCAUUUAUAUUUUGCGUUUGGGUCAUAUGGAUGUUAAGGGUUUGUUAAAGGCAAUUGGUUCGGAAGGUUUAUUAAAAUUGGCUCUACACAUUUGCGAGGAGGGCAUAGAGAAAAUCAAUGAAUCGGCUGAAAAUUUGGGUAAACCCGUUUUGGACUGGUGUUUAUUAGUGGAUUUGGAAGGUCUAUCCAUGAGACAUUUAUGGCGUCCUGGUGUUAAAGCUUUACUUAAUAUAAUCGAAAAUGUUGAACGUAAUUAUCCCGAAACUAUGGGUCGUGUGUUGGUGGUCAGAGCCCCUAGAGUUUUUCCCAUAGCCUGGACCAUAGUAUCAGCUUUUAUAGACGAAAAUACCCGCUCGAAAUUUCUUUUCUAUGGCGGCGCCGAUUGUUUACACAUGCCCGAUGGCCUAGAACAAUAUAUUGAUAAAGACAUAAUACCCGAGUUUUUGGGUGGCUCUUGCAAGACCCUUAUCCAUGAAGGCAGUUUAGUGCCUAAAACUUUAUAUAAAAUGGGCUCCCUGGAGGAGGAAGAGGAUGACCAUAAUGAUGCUGAAGCCAAUAAUGCAAAAAGUAGCAAUGGUGCUUUAGCCACAAAGCAACAACAUUUACAUCAAAAUCUUUAUAAAACGGUGGAAUUGAAAACCGGCUAUACACACGAGGUGGUCAUAAAGAAUAACGAUCCAAAGAGUGUUUUAACUUGGGAUUUUGAUGUAUUGCGCAGUGAUUUACAUUUCACUUUAUAUCGAGUGACUAAAGAUUUGCCAGAGAAGAAUGAUUUGGCAGUUUCAUUUUUUGAUUCGGGAGAUUAUCAAGAGGGUGUCAACUAUUUCAAAGAAGAACCUAGUUUAAUAUGUCACAAUAAAGAAAGUGUACAGGGCUCCCAUGUUAUGAAUCACAAAGACAAUUAUGUUUUACACUGGUUCAGUCCCAGCUGCAGCUCAGAGGGUGCAGCACAACUCAACUAUUUCUAUGAAGUAUUAAGUUCUGCCAAUUAUCGUGGCUCCAUGACCAGUUUACAAUCCGGUUUCUCUUCAAAUUCGGCAGCCAGCUCUUGCCAAAGUCGAUGAUAUGAGGCUAACACUACAAAUCAGAAUAAUGGCGCCUAUGAUUCAAUACAAAUGUCAGACGAACAUCAUCAGCUCAAUUCGGGGACUUUAAUAGAAAAAAGUCUGAAUUAAGUUUUUUUUAAUUUUUAUAAUUUUAAGAAAUGUGAUUUAUUUUAAAGAGUUUUAUUAACAAAUCCCAAGCUAAAUAAGUUUAAAAUUGCCAAUAACCCUUA